UAGCAUACAUGAAACGGACACACUUCGAACCGCUGCCGAGCUCUAGACCCGUGAGGGCCCGAGUGGGGAAAACGAGGGCUUCGGUUCGACAUCUUCCGGCCAGCCGGACAUCAGCCCCUCCAGCACAGCAGAGUGCAUAACUCUUAGGCGCGUAGUGUGGUACCGCUUGAUCAGACGGACGUAGGUGGGGGUCAUUGAUGGCACCUGCAUUCAAAGGACUGCUGCCCGCCAUGCUGUGCAACGUGCCACCACCUACCGGAUUUCUACUUUCCCCCGGCUAUCUCUUGACGGAAGAUGUCUCCUCUUCAGAAUGGCAUAGAUGGCGUGAAUGGCAAUUCGCAAGUUCUGCCAACGACUGAGCUACCCAUUGGCAAACCCGGGCAAGCAUAUACGAUAUCAUCCCAAGACGGCGAGAUUAUUUACAUCCCACUGUCCAAGUCUGCGACUCGACUACUGAUUACCGGUAAAGAGACCGAUAAUGCCUUCGCCAUCGUCGGCAGUGGCGGUAGUCAAGGCGACCCGAUUGGCUUUCAUUACCACAAUGAGGCCCACGAUGUGUUUCUUUGCUUGCAAGGCAAGAUCAACGUCUGGGCUGGCGAUCAAUGUCGCACUAUGGAGCCUGGGGACUUCGCCAGUGUGCCACCGGGGGCAAUACAUCAGUAUCAAAUCCUUGGGCCCCAUUCCGAGAUGAUCGGACUCAUCGUCCCUGGCGGCUGGGAGGAGUUCUUCCGCUCUAUUGGCGAUCCGUACUCCGGCCCAAUGUGGCCAAUAAAUGACGACCGAAAUUUUUUCGAGGUGAUGCUUCCUAGAUUGAAAGCAGCGACUGAGCAGUUCGACAUGGUUCCGUGUCCACAGCACAAACAGUUCGAUCCACAGCCGUGGUCAGCGAACGACAACCAUCUACCGAACGGCGCCGAACCAUUUUUCCUGCGUAAUGCUUCCGGUCCAGCGUAUGAGCUGGGUGGCACGAUCUGCCGACCAUUGAUUACGACUGCACAAUCGCGAGGCAAGUUCGCAAUUGCGGGUAUCGAAAGCUCGAAUCAGUACCAUCAGCAAAGCAUCUUCGCAGAAAGCAAGGCGGCCUUAAGCUUCACCGAAGUCCACCAUGCCUUCCUAGUCACCGAGGGCUCGGUUGAGGUGUGUGUAGAUCACGCGGCACCGUCGAAGUUGGCUGGCGGCGAUGUGAUCUAUAUCCCAAAAGGCGCGGCCUUCAAACUACGCACAACCUCGCGCUUCAGCAAGAUGUAUGCAUUUGCUUCUGGCGCAGGCAUUGUCGAGUUGCUAUGCGAAGCAGGGAAGGCGUAUGAGCAUUCCGCGUUGCCAGAGAAGGCUGGUGCGUACGAGAUGGAAUCAAUAAAGGCGCUGGAGGAUCGGUUGAAGUUCCAUGUGCAGUAAUUCGCACAGUGCAGCUGGUUACACCGUCAUAGACUGGUCGUACGUGCUCAAGCUGACAACCUUGCUUUUCCAUCGUCGUCGCUCCCGAAAUUACUGCUGCAGUGGCUCGAAGACAUGCCGACUGUCACGGGCCCUCAUCGACAUUUGAG